CACUAAACAUGGCCAUCUCUCCUUUAUUGCGUUUACAGUACAGCCCACACUAACACAUAACUCCCACACCAAACAUGGCUCUAGAGUCUUUCCCCUGCUCAUAACAAACAGGACUCGUUCCUUCUUCAAAGCACUGACCUCUCCAACAGCGUCCUGUCUACCCUUAUCAAAGAUGGCUGCCUCCUAGACCGCCCACCCCCCUCCACUGCGCUUCCAAACAGAGCGCUGCCCACACCAAACAUGGCGACUUCUUCAUCCGCCCUGAUGGUUGCAGCGGCUGUAGCUUUAGGCGGAGGGCUUAUCCUAGUAGUUCGUCGGCUCUUGAGUAACAGCGUCAGAGCCGGAGGGUCCGGCCUAAUGCGUGGGAAGACGGUGAUCAUCACGGGGGCUAAUUGCGGGAUCGGCAAGGCCACGGCGGCAGAGUUGGUGAAGCAGGAGGCCCGUGUGAUUUUGGCCUGUAGGGACCAGGGCCGGGCUGAAGAGGCGGCUGCUGAGCUACGGAGGGAGGCCGGGGACAGAGGGGAGAUAGUCAUCAAACAGCUGGAUCUGAGCUCUCUGCAGUCUGUCCGGCGAUUCUGUCAGGAGGUGCUCAAGGAAGAGCCUCGCUUGGACGUUCUCAUCAACAACGCGGGGAUCUUUCAGUGCCCGUACACAAAGACAGAAGAUGGAUUUGAGAUGCAGUUUGGGGUUAAUCACCUGGGCCACUUUCUUCUCACUCACCACCUCCUUGGUCUCUUGAAAAGCUCUGCUCCGAGCAGGAUAGUAGUUGUCUCUUCCAAGCUUUACAAAUACGGCGAGAUCAACUUCGAUGACCUGAACAGCGAGAAGAGUUACAGUAAAAGCUUUGGCUACAGCCGCAGUAAACUCGCUAACAUUUUGUUCACCAGAGAACUCGCCAUGCGUUUGGAAGGAACUGGCGUCACAGUCAACGCCCUUCACCCUGGAAUUGUUCGGACUAAUUUAGGAAGGCACAUUAAUAUUCCCAUCCUGAUAAAACCUCUAUUCAAUGUGGUGUCAUGGGCUCUCUUUAAAACCCCAGAGGAGGGAGCUCAAACCUCCAUCUAUCUGGCGUCCUCUCCCGAAGUAGAAGAAGUAUCCGGGAAGUACUUUGGUAACUGCAAAGAGGAGGAGCUGCUGCCUAAAGCAAUGGACGACUUAGUCGCUAGGAAGCUGUGGGAUAUCAGCGAAGUUAUGGUUGGACUAAUCAAAUAAAUACAGAAGAAGUGACCUGCCGCCGUUUUUAGGGAAUCGUGUGCAAUAUGAUAUUUCUGCAGGAUGCUGUGCAUAUAGAAUUUAAUAUACAUUAUCUGGAAACCCAUUAUCCAGAAAGCUCCACAUUACGGAACAGCCGUCUCCCAUAGACUCCAUUUUAUCCAAAUAAUCCACGUUUUUUUUAAAAAUGAUUUCCUUUUUCUCUCUAAUA